AUGGAAGAAUUGACCCAUUUGAAUCCAGGGGAAGAGACGCUCCCAUUUCGGAUUGAUUCCACCGACCGAGUAUGGGUCGUUGCCAUGUCCGACCACAUCGUAGAUGAACGAGGUCUGCGCUGUUUUGAAGGUGUUCCAGAGGAGUUCGUUGGUAAAGUAGGAAGCGUUGAUUGGCGCACUCUGAUUGUAGUUGAUAUUCGGUAUUUCAAAGACGGUCCAGCCUGUAGCGCCCAGACCGCCACGAUGGUAGUCGUUGGCGGACACCACGCGAAUUCCUUGCGACCGCGCGAACACCAGUGUUUGGAAGUCGAAAUAGAUUCCGUUGGCGACAUCAAAAAAGUCGACACCCCAGUCGGCAAACUGCUGGAUUGUCGGCAUGUCGAGACCGGACCAAUAUGCCCAGGGUCGGUGAUUCAUCACCACCAUGCCGCCGAGCUCAUGAGUACGGUUGAUAGCCAACUGUAUCUCCAAGUCGGUCGGAUUCUUUAUUGGUGUGAUCGACUCGUUGAUUCCGAUGAAAUUCAAGUGGCAACGGCAAUUCGACCAUUCGAAACCGGCGAUCACCUUGAUCUGGUCGUUGUACUUCUCCUCGGCGAUCUUUUGCGCGGCGAGCGCACCCGCUAUCGUAUUGUGAUCGGUUACGAUCAUCGCGUUAUAGCCAUUGGCAAUGUGCCAUUGGAUGUUUUGCUCGGGUAUAGAUUAGAUAGAUUUAUAAAUAUAUUAAAACUUCUCAAAUCUUGA